UAAGUGUUCUUAACUUGUUAACGAAAGCGCAUUCGUAUUUUUCUAUCAGUAGAGCACACAGUAAACCGGUGACAAUGAAGAUAGUCGCCAUUUUGGCAUUUUCGUUGGCUAUUGCCUUGGCCAACGCUCAAGGAAACUACAAGAAAGUCUGUUACUUCGCCAAUUGGGCAUACUACCGCAACACAACUGGACAGUACGGAGUGGACAAGCUUGAUGCCUUUGAAUGCACUCACUUGAUCUAUGGCUUUGCUGUUCUUAACAAUGUCACUUAUGAGAUGACAGUUUACGAUUCUUGGGUGGACAUCAGUCUUGGUGGCUAUCAAAAAUUCACCGCUUUAAAGGCGAAAAACCCUAACCUCAAAACACUGAUCGCACUCGGUGGCUGGAACGACUCGGCAUUUUCCACCCAGUAUUCAGAACUAGUAGCUGAUCCCGUUAAAAUGGCCAACUUCGUGACAAAAGCGCUUGCUUUUGUUCGUCAGUACAAUUUUGAUGGCCUCGAUUUCGAUUGGGAAUAUCCUGGAGAUCCGGGUAAACCUGAAGAUAAAGAGAACUUCAUUACGCUUUUGACGAUGCUCCGUGACGCUUUCAAGCCCUACAAUUUACUGCUAACUAUGGCUCCGUCAUGCAGUAUCGUGCGCGCUGGAGUGAGCUACAACAUCCCAGCUCUUGCGGAAGUCGUUGAUUUCGUCAAUUUCAUGGGAUAUGAUAUCCACGGUGCGUGGGAAACUCAGACUGACCAUCACUCCCCUCUUUACCGCCGAAGCUUUGACGAUACCGUCAGCGACCAAAUUGUUGCCGAAUCCAUAGAUUUCUGGUUGGCCCAGGGUAUGCCCGCUGAAAAGCUCAUUUUCGGUGUACCUAGUUAUGGUCGAUCUUACACAUUGGCUGACGUAAGCCAAACGGGACUGUUGGCUCCAGCUAUUGACGCUGGUCCUCCAGGGCCAUACACUGGUCUAAAGGGCUUUUAUUCCUUUUACGAAAUCUGUUUGAUGGAGCAAAGUGGCAUGACAGUAGUUACAGACCCAACUGGCAAAAUGGGUGCUUAUGGCUACAAAGGCAAUACGUGGGUGUCUUGGGAUGAGAUUGACAUGCUCGUCAAGAAAGUCCAAUAUGCUAUGGAUAAAGGACUUGGUGGUAUCAUGUUCUGGGAACUCAGCUUGGAUGACUUCAACGGUUACUGCAAUUUGGGCCCAAGACCUUUCUCCAAAACCAUUACCGCAACGCUGGAGGGACGCCCACCGGUCACUUCGAAUCCAUCAGCAACAACCGCAGCACCACCAGGCUCUUUAACCUGUACAACCGAAGGGGCUUACUAUGCUGAUCCUGCCAAUUGCAACAAAUAUUACCGAUGCGUCAACGGAAAGAUCGUCGCCAUGUACUGUUCACCUGGCCUUGUCUUCAACCCAUCGAUUGAUCAAUGCGAUUGGCCCUACAACGUACCUGGCUGCGUCUAGAGGGUGAUCUAUAUCCUUUCUUCCGAAUUCUGAAUUUUCAAAAAUUCCAAAGGAGUCGGAACAGCUUCGUCACCUCAAUUCUUAAACUUCUUCAUUAAAGUUCAAUCGGCAUAGCUAAAGACGAUCAACUACUGCAACUAGAAAAAUUAUACCAUUAUCAAAGCAUUUCACUUUUCUCUCUUUUUUUUGUGUUGAUUAUUAUCAAGAAUUGGAAUGUUUAAUCGUGUGAAUCCGAAUUCUAAUUGUCUUGUUGUUAUGGCCAUGCAUAUUUCGCUGAUUGUAUAGCCUACCUGACGAUCUAAUGUUAGUAAAAUGAACAGGUUGUUAUUGAA